AACUUACGCAGCUAAAAUUCUGCAUUGAAAAAUACACCUUAGUUCUCAAAUGAAACGCGCUAUGCGAAAACUUAACUUACCAAAGAAGUCACACGAGCAGGCAAGGAAACUUUUGCUAGCUUCUAUAAGCCUCUGGUUAGUGGUCAGCAAAGUGUCGGAGUUCUGUUAAGAUUGAAAACUUUUCUUUCAACAUGAAGACCUGCGAGCUAAGCCUCAUCAAGUACCUGCUCUUUGGAUUCAACCUAAUAUUUGCGAUAUCCGGCAUUGGAAUCAUUAUUGCUGGAGCCCUAGUUCUUUCUGAUGUGGGCGAAUAUCAACACUUUAUGGAACGUCGUCUUUUGGCACCACCUGUGGUUCUAAUAGUGGCUGGUUGCAUUGUAUUCUUAGUGGCUUCACUUGGCUGUUAUGGAGCUAUUCGGGAAUCAUAUCAUAUGCUCAUGGCAUUUGCUGUCUGUCUUCUGAUCAUCUUCAUCAUUGAGCUAGCCGUCGGAAUAGCAGCUGCAGUGUAUCAAAACGAGGUUCAUGAAGAAUUAAAGAACAUUAUGAGAAAAUCGCUGAACGCAUACGAAUCCAGUGACUCAGAUCGAAUAGCUUGGGAUAAUUUGCAACAGAAGUUAAAAUGUUGUGGUGUAGAUAAUGCCACAGACUGGACUCGCAAACGCCCUCAAUCUUGCUGCCAUGGUGUAAGAGAAGGCGCUGCAGAACCGGAUGCUUUGCAUUGUACUAAUGCAAGACCUGGAGACGACAUACUCUAUUCCAGUGGUUGUUUUGAAAAGAUUGAAAUGAAGACAAAGGAUGCGUCCAAGGUACUAAUCGGCGUGGGAAUUGGAAUUGCAUUUAUCGAGAUCAUCGGAAUUAUACUCGCCUGUUGGAUGGCUACGGCAAUUAAAAAUAGAAGCUAAGAUAAUAAAUAUUUACUAGAGCUGAGUAGAAAACUGUAGGAUUUGAUGAUGUAAAUUGUUGGGGAUUAUUUAUAUAAAACAAAUAUUGCAGUUAAUGAUUUAACUCAAUCAAACUUUAUUAAUAUUAACUCCAUAAAAAAACAUAAAGGCAAAUUACGCAAUUGACCUUUCACAACUUGCGUAAAGUCGUGGUACUACAGGUUGUCCUACUCCAGUUGCUAUUUUGACUGUUGGCUCCUCACCUACGAAACGACGAUAGUUAGUGUUAUUAUAGAUUAAUCAAAUCGUCAUUUCAUUAAUACUACGCAUGUAAGUUUUAACUGUUUAAUAUAAUUGUAUUUUGGAAACGAAUAAACAAUAGUUCAUAGUUACCUUCUUCAGCAA